AUGCAGAAAUUGACCCAUAAAUUGAUGUCAAGAGAAAAAAUUAACUACAGACAUCUGACUGAUGUGCUGGUGGAUUCUGAUGGUAAUGUGAGGUUUACGCCUGGUGAAUGUGAGAACCCACCCGAUGUGAACGCUUUACUCAAAGGUUUUGGUCUACAAGCAUACAAAAACUCGUUGCAACCUCAAGUCAAUGGUGAUGCAAAUUCAUCAUUGGAUUCGAACAUAUCCCUCAAGUCUGCUCUUUCGGACUGCAAACGAUACGCAGAUCGAAUAACUUCAGCGGUAGAGCGAGCGUGCCCACCUCCGCCUCCCGUAAAACGUGUUGAAGAAGAAGUCAAGGUUCCGAAAUGUUGUUGCCUU